AGCACAGCUCGCUUUCUUGUGAGGAGAGAGGCAGAGAACCACGAGCCUUCUCCUCCUCCAUCCGUGUGAGGCUGGUACACGCGUUGGCUGGUGGACACAGCAGCAGUGUUAGCAUUAGCAGGGGAUCUGUGCUCGAGCUUCCAAAAUGCUCAACAACCUCACCGAAUGUGAAGAGGGCGAUGGGGGACCCAACAGUCAGGGAGAUGCGACAUCCAAGGAGAGCAGCCCCUUUAUCAACAGCAGCACCAGUGACGUAGAGAAAAGCCAGCAAUAUGAUGGGAAAAACAUGGCCCUGUUUGAGGAGGAGAUGGACACCAGUCCCAUGGUAUCUUCUCUGCUGAGCAGCCUCGCCAACUACUCCAACCUGACGCAGGGCAGUAAAGAGCAUGAGGAGGCAGAAAACAACGAGGAGGCACGGAAGAAAACCGUGCAGGCUCCACGUAUGGGCACCAUCAUGGGUGUUUACCUGCCAUGUCUGCAGAACAUCCUGGGGGUGAUCCUGUUCCUCAGGAUGACCUGGUUGGUGGGCGUUGGAGGCGUCUUGGGAACCUUCACCAUUGUCUUCAUGUGUUGCUCCACGACUAUGCUGACUGCUAUCUCAAUGAGUGCUAUUGCCACCAAUGGAGUUGUGCCAGCUGGAGGUUCAUACUACAUGAUCUCUCGUUCGCUGGGGCCGGAGUUUGGAGGGGCCGUUGGUAUAUGUUUCUAUCUGGGCACCACUUUUGCAGGAGCCAUGUACAUCCUGGGCUGCAUCGAAAUCCUUCUGAUCUACAUUGUGCCAGCUGCUGCCAUAUUCAAGAUGGAGGGUCUGGAGGGAGCAGAGGCCGAGGCAGCGCUGUUGAAUAAUAUGCGUGUGUAUGGUACCAUCGUGCUCUCCUUCAUGGCUUUAGUCGUCUUUGUCGGCGUGAAGUAUGUCAACAAGUUGGCCCUUGUGUUCCUCGCCUGCGUCAUUCUCUCCAUUCUCGCUGUCUACGCUGGCGUCAUCAAGACUUCUUUUGACCCCCCUGACUUUCCGGUGUGUGUGCUCGGGAACCGAACUCUUGUGUCAAAGGGAUUUGACAUUUGUGCCAAGACCAUUGAGCGAGGCAAUGCCACAGUCACCACCAAGCUUUGGAGAGCCUUCUGUGACUCUGAGUUCCUGAACGCCACCUGCGAUGAGUACUUCACCACCAACAACAUCAGUCAGAUCCAGGGAAUCCCUGGAGUCACCAGUGGCAUCCUGGCAGAAAAUCUCUUCAGCGCCUUUAUGGAGAAAAAAUCAAUAUUAGAGAAGCGAGGUAUACCAGCAGUACUCGACCCUGAGGCCCCAGAAACCAACACUAACCGAUACGUCCUGGCUGAUAUCACCAGCUUCUUCACCCUGCUGGUUGGCAUCUACUUCCCCUCUGUCACAGGUAUAAUGGCUGGCUCAAACCGUUCUGGUGACCUGCAGGACGCUCAGAAGUCCAUCCCCAUUGGUACCAUCCUGGCCAUCAUAACCACCUCCUUCAUCUACAUGUCUAGUGUGAUUCUGUUUGGAGCCUGUGUGGACGGAGUCGUUUUGAGGGACAAAUUUGGGGAAGGUGUCAACGGUAACUUGGUCAUUGGCACCCUGGCUUGGCCCUCGCCCUGGGUCAUUGUGUUCGGCUCCUUCUUCUCCACCUGUGGGGCAGGGCUUCAGAGUUUGACAGGAGCGCCCCGUCUCCUUCAGGCUAUCGCCCGAGACGGCAUCAUUCCUUUCCUCAGGGUGUUUGGUCAUGGCAAAGCUAACGGUGAACCUACAUGGGCUCUCCUCCUGACGGCCUGCAUCUGUGAGAUUGGCAUCCUCAUCGCCUCCCUGGAUGCAGUCGCUCCCAUUCUGUCCAUGUUCUUCCUGAUGUGCUACAUGUUUGUAAAUCUGGCCUGUGCGCUGCAGACGCUCCUCAGGACCCCGAACUGGAGGCCGCGCUUUAAAUUCUACCACUGGGCUCUGUCACUCUUGGGCAUGAGCUUGUGUCUUACCCUGAUGUUCCUCUGCUCUUGGUACUACGCCAUUGUUGCCAUGGUAAUCGCCAGCUGCAUCUACAAGUACAUCGAAUUCUGCGGGGCAGAGAAAGAGUGGGGCGAUGGGAUUCGUGGCAUCUCUCUGAGUGCCGCUCGCUAUGCUCUGAUGAGGCUGGAGGAAGGUCCUCCUCACACUAAAAACUGGAGGCCCCAGAUUCUGGUGCUUAUGAGUCUGGAUGCGGAGCAGAACGUAGAGCAGCCUCGACUGCUGUCGCUAACCAAUCAGCUGAAAGCAGGCAAAGGCUUGACCAUCGUGGGAGCGUGUGUGGAGGGCACCUACUUAAACAACCAACCACAGGCGCAGAAAGGAGACCAAUCCCUAAGGAAGCUGAUGGAGGUCGAGAAGGUGAAGGGAUUCAGUCAGGUUGUGAUCUCUUCUAACCUGCGGGACGCCACCUCACAUCUCAUCCAGGCUGGAGGUCUAGGUGGCCUCCGUCACAACACGGUUCUGGUCAGCUUCCCUAAGAACUGGAAACUGGCUGAGGAGCACCACCGUUGCAGGAACUUCAUUGAGGUUGUUAGGGAGACCACUGCAGCUCACUUGGCCUUGCUGGUGCCGAAGAACAUCUCUGCAUAUCCAUCAAACGGAGAGCGCUUCACUGAGGGCCACAUCGACGUGUGGUGGAUUGUCCAUGAUGGAGGCAUGCUCAUGCUCCUUCCCUUUCUUCUGCGCCAUCACAAGGUGUGGAGGAAGUGCAAGAUGCGUAUCUUCACUGUGGCUCAGAUGGAUGACAACAGCAUUCAGAUGAAGAAAGACCUGAUGAUGUUCCUCUAUCAUCUGCGAUUUGAUGCCGAGGUGGAGGUGGUUGAAAUGCAUGACAGCGACAUCUCGGCCUACACCUACGAAAAGACCCUGAUGAUGGAGCAGCGGUCGCAGAUCCUGAAGGAGAUGCACCUGACCAAGAACGAGCGUGAGAGAGAGAUUCAGAGCAUCACAGACGUGUCCCGUGGCUCUAUACGGCGAAAGAACCCUUCAAACCUGCACCCCCAGAGGAGUAUCGCUGAGGAGUCUGUGGGAGGAAGUGGUGAAGAGAAAUCUGAAGAGGAGUCUGUCCGUCUCUCCCGUCCUCGACAGGUUCAGCUCAUUCAGGGAAAAAAUGCCACCCCCACCCCAACUAGCCCCACCUCCCCUAUCGCUCCCACACCAAUGGCCAUGAGCCCCGGAGAGGAGCUGCAGAUGACCUGGACGGACGCUACGGAGAAGCCCAAUAACCCAGCAGUGGCCAACCCUGAAAGCAUAAAGGAUAUGUUCAACAUGAAACCGGAAUGGGAAAACCUGAACCAGUCCAACGUCAGACGCAUGCACCAUGCACAGAAACUCAACGAGGUCAUUGUGAAGAAGUCACAAGAAGCUAAACUAGUCUUGCUAAACAUGCCUGGACCACCUAAGAACCGCACUGGAGAAGAGACCUACAUGGAGUUCCUCGAGGUGUUGACUGAGGGUCUCAACAGGGUCCUCCUCGUGCGUGGAGGUGGACGUGAGGUCAUCACUAUCUACUCUUGAGGGGCUCAGCUCAACCACCAAAUAUUCCUCACCCCUCGUCUCUAACUGCAUAGAUGGAACGUCCCAGUAACCCCAACCUGCACCAUGAGCAAUAACGCCCCCAGCACAUAUCAGAUGACUUUGCACUACAUAGUCUAAAAAGACACCAGCUUAGUAGAUGUCACUUCUUCCACAUGAUUAAGUUUUAUCCCUCUAUCUAUCUCGCAAUCUUCCUCUUAUUGGCUCAGUUCUCACCUCAUAAACUCAACAGCUUAUGUCACACACAGAUCAGUAAAUUAUUGAGUUGGUCUUUUCUGACUAAUUUCCAAAAGCCCAUGUUCUCCAGUGGCACCUGACCAAAUACUCUGACCCAACUUCUCUUUAUUUAAUAUAAUGUAUCAUAACAACACUUUUAAGGGACAGUCACACUGGAUUUUAAACAUGCAAAACAACUUUAUUUUUGGUGGGCACUUCAAAACAGUCCAUUUUAAAUGUCAAAAUGUGGCAUUUGUUCUGAUUCAUACAACUUUCUUUAAAAGUUUGUUUUUAUCUAAACUUGUAUUACACUGCCUUUCAAAAGGUUGGGGUUAGUAAGAUUUUUAAAUGUUUUUGAAAGUGUGCUAUGCUUACCAAGGCUGCACUUAUUUGACGGAGAAAAAAAAAACUGUAGUAUUUUGAAGUAUUAUUUAAAAUAACUGUUUUCUAUUUGAAUAUAUUUUAAAAUGUAAUUUAUUCCUGAUGCAAAGCUGAAUUUUUAGCAUCAUUACUCCAGUCUUCAGUGUAACAUGAUCCUUCAGAAACUAUUCUAAUAUGCUGAUUUGUUGCUUAAAAAAAAACAUUUCAUAUCAUUAUUAUGUCAAAAACAGUUGUGCUGCUUAAUAUUUUUAUGGAAACCAGAACAUGUUUUACAGAAUAGAAAGUUCAAAAGAACAGUGUUUAUUUGAAUAUAUAUAUAUAUAUAUAUAUAUAUAUAUAUAUAACAUUUUCUUUUUUAAGUCAUUUGCUUAAAGUCCUUGCAAAAUUAAAGUGUUAAUUUCUUUAAAAAAAAAAAAAAAAAAAAUCUCUCCAACCCCAAACCUUUGAAUGGUAGUGUAUAUAGAAGAUUAUGAAAAAUCCCUAAACUGUGAGUAUCCUCAACAUCAAUAUGAUAUUUAAAUCUUCUAUUGGUCAAACAUUUUAUAGAUAUUCAAAUAGGCAGCUCUAAAUCCACCAGAUUAUUAUAUUCUUCUGUGUUUGUUUGCAUGUGAAUGAAAGUAUGGAAGUGAACGAAAGUCAAAAUCUAGUGUGACCUUCCCUUUAUGCUUUGUAUUUUGUCCCUAUACUGUCUCUCCAUUGUUUCAUUACUUGUCAUAGGGUAAAUAGAGUGGAAUCUUUCUUUGUUGAAAACAAGUCUUCCAGUGUACCACGUAAAUGUCCGAGGUGUGUUUUUACACCGAGGACAGAAUUGACCAGGGUUUAAUGUGAGCCAGGUGUAAGCACUUCUGGAUCAAUGACUAUCAGCUUUGCCCUUGACCAUCUGCAUGUCCUCUGACUACAUCAGCCUUUUAAGAGUCAUAUAUACUGUACAAUAUGAGAGGGCUGGACCGUGUGUGUGUUUGCACAUGAGUAGAUUCAAAGGGGUUUUAUAAUAUAGAAGAAGGUCUGACGGCCGUGUUCCUUUCACAAAUAUGUUCAUUUAAAAUAUCAUCAGCAGACAUGAAUUAUAUUGCUCAGUCACACAAGUGUACAUACUGUGAAGAGAGUCUAAACAGAACUGCUGUAUAAUGGAAAACCCAUACACAGUUCAAAUAUUCCAUGAAAAUAUAAUCCUGAAUAAUCUCAUUUAAUAGUAGAAUCACAUAUAUAUUAAGGGAAUGUAAAUAGAAAAGAAUUAGUAUUUAUAUUUCAAACAUUUAUUUACAAAGAAAAUUAUUUAUUCAUCCAGCAAUUUCUGAUUGAUUGUAAACAUGGAAAAACAUGGUAUUUACAUCUCUUGCCAAAUCAUUAAAUAUAAACCGUGCCAUAUGAGAAUAAAAAAAAAAAAGCGAACAAAUAAAACAUUUUCACAUUUUCAUAUACAAGAAACGGAUAGUGCUGGGUCACGACAUUAAAACAUAUCAUGCGUCUGAUAUUACCAGUUACUUUAUAAAGCAGAUGCAGUUUUAUCAUCCUUUUUCACCAAAUCAAAUUUGUGAACAAAAGCAUAUUUUAAAAUCUGCAUAGUAUUUUAAAAUCAUAUCUAAUGUUUGUCAUGAAUGUUUGAAAUUUUCAUUUAUUUUUACAUUUGUAAAGACGACACUAAUUUGCUACAUUUAAGCAGCAUCUGUGAGCGACUGAUGUGGACUGUUCAAUUCACGAGCACGAGCAUAUUAUUUAGUUCAUGUGUGGUAGAAAUAGAAGAUAUCAAAAGACAUUUAUCUAAAAAACUAUUUUAUUUUUUUGUAAAAUUGCAACGAUCAAAAAAGGAAUAUAUUAGAUUACUGAAUAGACUAGUAAAAUAUCGUCUUGUGUAACUGUGAGACUUAAAAAAGGAAGUUAACUAACUGUAUGUUUUAAAAUUUCAAAUCAAAUUGUGCUGAGGUUGCUGCUACCGUCAUUAAAAUGUAAAUAGAUUGCACUCCCCCAAAACGUAAGACUGAAAACAAAAGAAAAAAAAAUGCAAUAUUUAUAGAUUUUUUUGCAUUUAAAUCUAAAGUGUAUUACAUUCAGACAAAAAGUAAUUUUUCACGUGAUGUUUUACAGGGUUUCGAGUUCUACAACUCCGAGACAGGAAGUACUUUACUGGCAAAACGUCUCAGAUAGUUUGUCAAAAUGCCACCAUCAGUCUGUCCUAAUACUACUCAAGCAUACCUCAUACAUUAUCAUGUCAGAGUUCACACUUUGUAGUAGAAAGGUAGUGUGUAAAGGUUGUGGUGUAUAAGUCCAUAGAAGUGAUAUUUAACUAAAUCGUUGUUUGAGAAAAGAAUUUGAAUUCUAGCAAAGUAAAUUUUCUUUAUCAGUAUUCUAGUUAUGCUCAGAACCACCUGGUCCUUUUUUUUAAAAUCCACAACAGAAAUUGCAAAGUGCUACCUAUCGUAAUUCUUCCAAGUUUAUUGCUUAUGUUUCUAGCUAAAAUAAUAAUCUUAUCUGAAGGAACUUUUGCAUUGCUGUACGUUAGAAUUUACAACACAAAAGACCAGUUUGGCUUGUUUGGAGUCCUAUGCAAUUACAGUUUAGUUAUUUGAGGGCCUAAAACUACUUUAUACUGAAUUGUUUAUAGUGGUACUAUUAAGUAUUAUAGACUGAAAUCAGAGCUUCCGUAUCUGCCAGGGUGACUUGCAGCUCGAUGAGAACUUUCCACAUUAUUUAAAGUCAUGCAAAGGGAAACAUGCUGGGACAAUGUCGUGAUUUAGCCAUAUUGGCUGCGUGCUGCUGGAUACAGAGGUUUCACUCUGCGGCUGAAGAUGAUAAUGGUGACGUCCCAAUCAUCAUGAAGUAUAGAAUAUCUGAAUUGAAUUCACAUUGAUGCAAAGGGCUUUUCGAUAUCAUUUUAUCAGAUUCGUCUUAUCCUUCCCCAAGGCUGAAGACAUAAAGAAGUGUCAUAAACCUUAUGCUGUAUAGCAUGUCAAUCCUUAUCUUCCCUUGAAAGGGGCAGUAAACUCGAAAGUCACCCCAAAUUGGCCAAAGCAUAACUAGAAAUAAGCACUGUGAAAAUUCAAAGUUAGUUUCUUUUCACAUAUCUACAUUCAGUCACUUUUUAUUUUUAUUUCAUGUCCUUGCUAUGGAGCACUGUUGUAGGAAAUUGAAGUAAACAUCUUUAGAAUAGUGUAUAGGUUAAUCAUAAUGCUUUUUAUGCAAUGCGGACUUGUAAGAAUCCUGCAACAAUGUUACUAGUCGACUAACAGGGCUUAUAAAAUAACCAGCGAACUGAAUUUGAAAUCGCAGGUGUUUCAGAAGGUGCUAAUGAUAUUUGUAAGUGAUUGCUGAAGCGGCGUGUAUGAAAAUGUUCAAGUGCAUUAUUGAGAACGCUGACUUGUAUGAAAUGAGCUAUUUAGCCAGGCUUGAAGUUAAUCGAGGGAAAAGAAGUUGCCACAGUUGAUUUAUCAUGUUGUAUUGGGAUAUACGCUCUAAAAAAUAAAGGUAUUGGCAUCAGUGGUUCCACGAAGAACCUUUAAAGGAAUUGUUUGCCUAAAAAUUUACUGACAGACCCUCAGGCCAUUCAAGUUUUUGAGGAGUUUGUUUCUUGUUCAGAACAGAUUUGGAGAAAUAGCAUUGCAUCACUUUCUCACCAAUGGAUCCUCUGCAGUGAAUGGGUGCCGUCAGAAUGAGUCUAAACAGCUGAUAAAAACAUCACAAUAAUUCAUAAGUAAUCCACCCCUACUCCAGUCCACCAAUUAUCAUAUUGUAUUACUUUAAUCUGUAACUUCUGACUUCAGUUAAUCCUUUUAUCAAAAUCCACUGACAUAUUUUAGAACUGUUUUUGCUUGUAAACUCUGCUUGAUCUGUGCAUAUAUUUCCCUCCUUAUUUACACAAUAUGACCUUUUCACUGAAGAAAGCAAUUUUACAGAUAAAGGUCUUAUAUUUUAGCUGAAAACAAUAGUUUAAAGUUGAAAACACAAUGGAUUGUUGUAAUGUUUGUAUCAGCUGUUUGGACUCUCAUUCUGACGGCACCCAUUCACUGCAGAGGAUCCAUUGGUGAGCAAGUGAUGUAAUGCUAAAUUUAUCCAAAUGUAUUCUGAUGAGGAAAUAAACUCAUCUACAUCUUGGAUAGCCGGAGGGUGAGUAAAUAUUCAGCAAUUUCUGGAAAAAAUGUUCUUCAUAUCAUUCAAUAUUUUCCUCACUAAUAAGAAAAAAAGGUUAUUUUCAAAGAAAUUUUGUUUGAGGAACCUAAAAUUGAAUUGCUACGAAAACUCACUUUUGGAACCUUUAUUUUCAAGUGUGAACAAACAGAAGGGGCUUUUGCAGUUAUUUUAGAUUUGCGGGAUCAUUCAUUCAGUGCUCCUGAUACCUGUUUCAGCAUGUUGGUGUUUUAACUCCAGAAAUUCACCAGGCCUCACCUCAGUCAUCCUUUCAGAUUUUAAGCAUUUAUUCUGAUUUUCUAAUGGCAAAGUACAUUUUCAGAUACUUCUGAGUUCUGAAACUUUCCCAGCAGUGUGUGCAAGAGUGUUUCUACACAGCUGACAUUUCUACUUUCUCCAUAGGAGGGCAGUUUGACACUUUUUGUAUGGUAGUCAGUGUAGAUCCAAAGACAGUGAUUUGAUUAGUGAUUGUGUUUUAUGUUUUCUGCUUCGGUUCUCACGAGGAGUCAAAAUGGCGUGUGUUUGUGAGCGUGACUGUAACGGGGAAAGAGAUGGCGUGUUUCUGUUUCUUCAUGUAUAUGACUGUGUGACAUAUCACUUUGUUGGAAAAAGAGAGGUUAAACCGUGGCAGUUACUUUUGUAAAUAUAUGACACAUUAUAGUUAUCUUAGCCUAGCUGUUUAAUUUGUGUGUCCAUGCAAGUUUAAUAUUUUAAAAAUAAAUAGAAAAUUGUGUCUCAAUUGUGUUAUAUGAAAAUAUAUUUAAACUAGAUAUCUUAAAUUAUUGUUUUAUCUUGUCAAAAGCUUCUAUGUUCUAUGAAUAAUGGUUUCUCUGGACCAUUUUAUAGACUUGUCUGCACAAAAUGCAAUAAAGUUCAAGUCAUUUAUUACAA